AUGAAACCGACCAUAUACCUUCGGUUUCCGUUCAAUCGCAAUGGAUUUGAGGAUCCAGCCACUCCAGCCACGGCACUCAGCGAUAAACAACUCUCGGACUUCAUUUCUAAACUUGUUUCUCAGGCACCUAUAGACUGGCACAAGACGGCUCUGUCUUAUCACGUUUCGGUCGUCCACCUGCUACAGCUGGCGUGCCAUUUGUACGACAAAAAGGGCAAGGGAUUGAAUGAUGAGACACAAAGACGCAACUGGGUGGACAAGCUUGCACACGCGAGUCUUCCUGAGACUCGUGAUGUGAAUGCUGUCAACAUGGCGUCCAGAGACCAUUCCAAUUCAACCACGUCGGCCAACUCACACUCAAAUUCGUCGGUUCCGAGUCUCAUCAAGUCACGUGAAAAGAGCCUGGUGAUCUCGCCCACAGAUGACGCUGUGUUUGCCAGUGUUGAUCAUAUGAGCAAUCCUCAUGUGGAGAUUAGCCACGCGACCAGUGGGACAGCUACGACGAAUACUGAUCCGCAUUUGUUUUCGUCGACAGAUCUGGAGGGAGUUUCUGCGAGUGCAUUGGAGGAAGCUAUUUUGAGUGCCUUGAACGAUUAG